AUGAAGCUCGCGGAGUACGAGGAGAUCCGCGCGCACAUCACGUCGCUCCCGAGCGACGUCUUCCCGGACGCGGACGCGCUCCGAGCGAAGCACCCGUCCGCGUCGCUCGACGCGCUCGUCAGCAUCUACAGCCAGGAGAGCUCGCGACGCGUGCGCGGCGCGCACGGGAAGCACCUGCGCGCGAUCGGGUCGCACGCGGCGCGGUACGUCGCGGGCGAGGACGUGUUUCGCAUCGCCGCGGACAUCGACUUCCCGCCGUGCCAGCUCGUCCGCCUCCUCCUGGAGCAUCUCCUCGGGCUGGGGCACAAGGCGGUCGGGCCGUGCCUGCGCGAUCCGUUCGGUAAGAUCCCGUCGUCGCCGCCGCCCGAGUCCCCCGCGGCGCGCGGCGUCCCGGGCGUCCCCGGCGUCCCCGGAUCCGCGAUCUGCGACCGAUUAAAAGUCGACGUGGAGAGGUGCGUGGCGUGGGACCACGUCGCGUCGCCCGCGGUGGACGUCAUGCGUCACGCCGCGGGGCGCGAGUACGAAAUUCUUCUGGAGCGGCGGCUCGAGGAACUCCGAGUGCCGUUCGUCACCGAGGACGCGCUGCGCGCGGAGGGGCACGCGAAGACGCCGGACGUCAAGCUCACGCUGCCGAUCGCGGUGAACGGGCGGAUCGUGAACUGGAUCGACAGCAAGGCGUCGUUUCUGGACCCGAUCGUGCACGUCGAGAGAGGCGUGGACCAGUUCCAAGGGUACGUGAACAGGUUCGGGCCGGGGAUGGUGAUCUAUUGGCUCGGGGUCAUCGACGAGCUCGCGGAGGAGAGCGAUGGGGACGUGUUCAUCGUGGACGAUUUCCCGGGGGACAUGGAGAUCACGAAGUUGAAGCUCAUGGAGUGA